GAGGCACUCGGCCCUUUUUGGAGGGCAAAAAAUCAUAUUAGAAUUCUACAUGAUUUUAGAUUGGCACCGUUCAUUUUCUUAAUUGUAAAGACAGCUUUUAAUCUCAAUUUGCAAUAAGAUUGAACAUUUUUAAUGAAAUUCUUUUGUGUCGAAUUGAUGUUACUUAAAUUGCAAGCAAUGAACAGUGUUUUUUUUUCUUUUUUAACAUUAGUUUCACAUAUUUUUAAAUUAAUCAUUUAAAUGCUGUCAAAAUUUCUUUUCUAAGUGAAAUACCGUACAUUAUCGCAAAAAUGCUGAAGCUGAAUCAUUUUUCUUCCUUUUUGAGUCCAAAUUUUACUCAUAAUAAUAUGCAAUCAAGGUUUUUGACAUAUAAAUGUGCAAGUUCAGCUUGUGCUACAGUUGCAAGAAUUUCUUUUACUCGUUGCUUUCCUUCCACAAAGAAUUUGACUAAAGUCAAUCCAAAUGUACACAGAGAGAUUAUAUUCGAAGGAUUUGCUUUCAGAAAUAAAUCUGUUCAUUUGCGACCGAAGAACAGUAGUAUAAUACCAGUCCGCAAAUUUCAUAAAUCUGAACUUAGACAUGUCCAUCCAGUUGUUUGGUUUGUUGCUAAGCCAGUCCUCAAACUCUUUGCUGUUUUGAGCGGAAGGGGUUUUCGGAAAUGGUGGAAGGAUUUACCUGUGGAUAAGAAGAAAUAUUUUUUGGGCAUUGUAAAGAAAAAUCGAAAUAAAAUAGGCAUUGGUGCUUUUGCUUUUGCUACAUUAUGCUUUAUUUAUUAUGUCAGUCAUUUGGAAGAAACUCCUAUCACAAAACGGAGACGUUUCAUCGCGUUUACUCCUGAACAGCUAGAGAAAAUAAAUGCAUUUGAGUUACAACAGAUUUUGGAAGGAGUAAAACAGCAAAUUUUGCCUAGUUCACACCCAGCAUCAGUGAGAGUUUCAAGAGUAGUUCAUCGUAUCCUCACUGCUAACAGCGACAUUGAAGAAGUGAGAAGAAAGACGUGGAAUGUUGCAGUUAUUGAGAGCUCUCUUGAAAAUGCAUUUGUGUUACCUAUUGGUUAUGUCUUUGUUUUUACUGGAAUGUUAAAACUAUGCAGCAAUGAUGAUCAACUUGGCACAAUUCUUGCUCAUGAAAUUGCUCACUGCAUCCAAAACCAUGGGGCUGAGAAUGUGAGUUUUGUUCAUCUGCUAGAUUUGCUCUCAAUUAUUAUCAUUGCUGCUAUCUGGGCUGUUCUUCCUAGUGAUAGCAUCUCCGUUCUUACUCAUUGGCUCUAUCAAAAAUCCAUUCAAAUAUUUCUACAACUUCCAUACAGCAGAAAAAUAGAAACCGAAGCAGAUAAUGUUGGGCUACAACUUGCUGCUAAAGCUUGCUUUGAUGUGCGUGAAAGUAGUGCCUUUUGGUCCAAGAUGGCAAUUUUAAAGAAUACUUUUGGAUCAAAUUCAGAGAUCGAAUUUUUGUCAACCCAUCCAAGUCAUGAAAAAAGAUCAGAGUAUUUAGAUGGUUUAAUGGAGGAAGCACUGAAGAUCCGGACUGAAUCUGGAUGUCCAAGACUCAGAGCUACAGAUCCUAGAAUGGAUGUUGAAGGUGUUGCAAAAGCUUUGGAAGUUGCUAGGAAAGCUUAUUUGAAUGAUAAUCCUAAGCCUGUUUUUGUGUAUGCUACUACAUGACUUUGAAAACUGUAAAAUAAUAGUUUAUUAUUAAAAAAUAUAUAUAUUUUAAAGUAAUGAUUUUUUACAAAUAUGUUGAUGCUGCAAUAUGUUGUGAUAUUUAGGACAGUGAAAUGUUUACUUGUGUGUAAAUUGCCAUUGACACAUAAUAAAUUCGUCAUUUAUUUAUAAUGCC